UUGGAACUUGCGUGGCGUAUAAUCCUACCACUCAUCUCACUUGGGAGUUGGGUGAACCGGAACAGCGGAGGUAGUUGUGAACCGGUAAACUGCCACUGCUCAAUUUGAACUAGUCAAUCGAUUAAUUAAUAUAAGAGAUAAACGGAUACAAUUUACAAGUAGAGAAUAGAAACAAAUCCCAACAAUGGAAUGCAAGGAUACUACAGGAGACACAAAAGACGAAGCACAAUUAAUGGAGUCAUCCUUUGUAUCAGAACUUGAAGGUACCCUCCUCAAGGACCCUAACUCUUUCUCUUAUUUCAUGCUCGUUGCCUUUGAGGCAUCUGGCUUGAUUCGUUUCACCUUAUUGCUAUUGGUCUGGCCGCUCAUCUUCCUUCUUGACAUGCUGGGUAUGGGGGAUGUUGGUCUCAAGCUAACUAUCUUUGUUACCUUGGCUGGAAUCCGUGAAUCCGAGAUCGAGUCCGUGGCACGAGCAGUGUUGCCCAAGUUCUAUAUGGAUGACUUAAAUAUAGAGGCCUGGAGGGUGUUUAGCUCUUAUAACAGGAGGGUGGUGGUGACUAAGACCCCAAGGGUGAUGGUGGAGAGAUUUGUUAAAGAGCAUCUACGUGCCGAGGUGGUUAUCGGGAGCGAGCUUGUGGUGAACCGUUUUGGGUUUGCCACCGGUUUUGUCAGGGACGAAGUUGCUUCUUCUCCAUCCUUUGUCGGUAAGGAACAACUCCAUCAUCCAUUUAUUGGCAACUGGAAGAAUGACAAGCAAUUCGUCCUGCCAGGGCCGGUAAUCUUCCAUGAUGGUCGACUAGUGAAGCGUCCAACGCCGUUCACUGCACUCCUCAUCCUCCUCUGGUUCCCGGUGGGAAUCAUACUAGCGACGAUACGCAUUUUGGUGGGCCUGAUGCUACCCAUGUCCAUCAUCCCUUACAUAGCUCAAUUAUUUGGUGGCAGGAUCAUCGUCAAAGGCAAGCCACCGCCACCGUCACUCGCGGCGUCCGGGACAAACACCGGCGUUCUCUUUGUGUGCACGCAUCGCACCCUAAUGGACCCCGUUGUACUAGCCACUGUACUCGGCCGUAAAAUCCCGGCUGUCACCUACUCAAUUUCACGGUUUUCCGAGAUCCUAUCGCCGAUACCCACCGUCCGGCUGACGAGGAUAAGGGACGUGGACGCGGAGAUGAUAAAGAGAGAACUAACAAAAGGUGACCUAGUGGUGUGCCCCGAGGGCACCACAUGUCGUGAGCCAUUUCUUUUGAGGUUUAGUGCCCUUUUUGCAGAAUUAACGGAUCAGAUCGUCCCAGUGGCCAUGAACUACAGGGUUGGAUUCUUCCAUGCUACCACUGCAAGGGGUUGGAAGGCAUUGGACCCCAUUUUCUUAUUCAUGAACCCUCGCCCAGUUUAUGAGGUGACAUUCCUGAACCAGUUACCAGUGGACGCUACAUGCUCAGCGGGCAAGAGCCCCCAUGAUGUAGCAAAUUACGUGCAGAGGAUCUUAGCGGCAACGCUAGGGUUUGAGUGCACCACCUUCACUAGGAAGGACAAGUAUAGGGUCCUGGCUGGGAACGAUGGGACUGUGUCUUGUACACCUUCCUUAGAUCGAAUAAAGAAGGUUCUCAAUACUUUUAAGCCCUUUAUGUAUACACUCCAUUGAAGCAAAGCUAAAAUUGGUUCUCUCAUGGCGGACUUUCUUUUUUCCUCCUUAAUUAUUCUUGUAAGCAAGCGUGCAUCGUUCUGUUGAUAUAUGGUGAUGGUUUG